GGAUCAUAAAUAUCCUGGCCCAGUGCCCCAGAAGCCGUGACAGGCAAAAGAACAUUCUCGUCUAGAGAUAGCCCUUGAGAUAUUUAAAUGUUUGGGUUAAUUUUUUAUCCACUUUAAUAACUAGAUUACCCCCCUCCCUUUGCUUUCUAUUUCUGCUCUGAAGCCGUGGGCACAGAAAUCUCUGCAGGCAAAUUACUCCAGAGCAUAUUGCAGGACAAUCCUGUAACGAACGGUUAAACUCACAGCAUCUGGAUUCCUGAUCCUUUUCCGACAUGGCAGGUGUGAGUGGCUGUUUAAAAUAUUCUAUGUUUAUCUUCAACUUCUUGUUCUGGCUAUGUGGUAUUUUCAUCCUGGCAGUGUCAAUUUGGAUACGAGUGAGCAAAGAUGGUCAACAGCUUCUCAGUGGUGGGGAAUCUGGCAUCAACCCCUAUGUUGGUGUGAAUAUCUUGAUUGCUGUCGGCGCGACCAUCAUGGUUCUGGGGUUCCUGGGAUGCUGUGGUGCCAUAAAGGAGAGCCGCUGCAUGCUUCUGCUGUUUUUCAUAGGCUUGUUUUUGAUCCUGCUCCUUCAGGUGGCAGCAGGUAUCCUAGGAGCUGCCUUCAGAUCUGAGUCUGAGAAAAUUCUGAAUGAGACUCUCCAUAAAAAUGUAGAGCUUUUGAGUGCAACAACUGAAAAUGCAGAAGUAUUCCAGAAAACCUUGAGUGAAUUUCAAGAAGAGUUCAAAUGCUGUGGUUUGAUCAGUGGACCUGCUGACUGGGGACAAAAUUUUGAAAAAUAUUCCAAGUCCUGUGAGUGUCCAGAUGCACAACUUGCUUCAUGUAUAAGUUAUGGCAACAAAAAUGUUUACAAUCAGCCAUGCAUUUCUUUGAUACAAGACGUACUUAAAAAACAUAUUAUCAUAAUUAUUGGAAUAGCAUUUGGACUGGCAGUUAUUGAGAUACUCGGUCUGAUAUUUUCUAUGGUCCUGUUCUGCCAGAUUGGAAGCAAAUGAAUCUGUGGAUGUGUGGAGCUAUCAUCAGUCAAAUUGCUUUGAAAUUUUGCUUUGGCUUUGUGAUUUUAAAUAUAUAAGUGUUGCAUGUGUUAGGAGCAGCCGUUCUAUUAAAAUUUCUCAUUUAGCUGGGCUAUGUCUUCCAGACGUGUUGAACAUAUUUAGGAUUUCAGUAAUACUAGGAAAAUGAUAUGGAUGUACAUUUUUACUCAAAAUAAAAGUAAGUUUCUUUA